AUGACAGCCCAGGUUCGUCAGAAUUAUUCCACCAAAGUGGAGGCUGCUGUGAACCGCCUGGUCAACAUGCACCUGUGGGCCUCCUACACAUACCUGUCACUGGGCUACUAUUUUGAUCGGGAUGACAUGGCUCUAGACGGUGUAGGCCACUUCUUCCAUGAAUUGGCCAAGGAGAAGUGCAAGGGCGCUGAGCGUCUCCUCAAGUUGCAGAAUGAUCGCGGAGGUCAUGCACUCUUUCGGGAUGUGCAGAAGCCAUGUCAAGAUGAGUGGGGUAAAACCCAUGAGGCCAUGGAAGCUGCCCUGGCUUUGGAGAAGAACUUGAACCAGGCCCUCUUGGAUCUUCAUUCCUUGGGCUCUGCUCACACAGAUCCUCAUCUCUGUGACUUCCUUGAAAACCAUUUCCUAGAUAAGGAGGUGAAGGUCAUCAAGAAGAUGGGCAACCACCUGACCAACCUCCACAGGUUGGUUUCUGGGCCCCAGGCAUCUCUGGGCGAGUACCUUUUUGAGCGGCUCACUCUCAAGCAUGACUAGGAGGCCUCUCCUUCCAAGGGGCUCCCACCU